AUCCGGCCCUGCCCAAAACCACCCUACGUCUCUCGCUCCCUGCGCUCGCUUAAUCGCCUUCGUCCUCUUCCCCACCUACGUGCUCUCGCUCUCCCCUUCUCCCCACCUAGCCUCUCGAUCGGCUCAUUUCGUGGCCUCCAGAUCCUCCUUCUCCCCCCGGGGCCCAUCAUCAACCCCUCAACACCGGCCUCACAAACUCGGGCAGGUCUCCCCCGCUGCUUAAUUACCUCGUGCGCCGCGAAAACACGCUCUAGGCUCUCGUUUCCUCGUACUGGUACAAGCGGGACGGGAGCAGCAGCAGUAGCGUGAUCCAUCCCCAUGGCGGGGGCAACCUCUUCCUCGUCCGUGUCUUUGAUCCUCAUCCUCGUCGCGUCCUCCUCGCCGCGGCGCAGCCGGGGCAGGGUGGGCAUUGCUCUGCGCUCGUACGGCUACAGCGGCGCCGAGCUGCGGUUGCAUUGGGCGCGUCGGGGCUCGUCUCGGGAUGGACCGGCGGUAGUGCGCGCCGCAGCGGUUCCGGCCGGGGGUGAGGGCGAGGACGCCGCGGCGGUAGGGAAGAGCUCCUCGUCCAAGGCGGUCGCCGUGCAGGGCAGCGAGUCCAAGACUCAGGCUGUAUAUUCUACUUCACCUCCCAAAACUGCGACGUCUGCGCCGAAGCAAAACCAGAGCGCUGCAAAGCAAAACGGAACAGUUGGGAGCAGCAGUGCGAGCAAAUCCCCGGCGCCUGCGGUAUCUGAAUCCAAAGCUGAACCAUCUGCUCCUGUCACCAAGACAGAAACCGAUGCCAGUGCGAAGGUUGAAGAGCUGAAGCCCUCAGUGGAUGAUGCUAAACCCGUAGAAAGCAUAGGCAUCCCUGAGCCGGUGGAUGCUAAGGUGGACGCCGCUGCAGCUACUGAUGCCGCGGCGAGUGCUGCUGAUGACACUGAAGACAAGGAACAUGGCCCUUUGGCUGGGCCUAAUGUGAUGAAUGUCGUCGUGGUGGCUUCUGAAUGCGCUCCUUUCUGCAAGACAGGUGGCCUUGGAGAUGUUGUGGGUGCUUUGCCCAAGGCUUUGGCGAGGAGAGGACACCGUGUUAUGGUCGUGAUACCAAGAUAUGGAGAGUAUGCAGAAGCCCGGGAUUUAGGUGUAAGGAGACGUUACAGGGUGGCUGGACAGGAUUCAGAAGUUACUUAUUUUCACUCUUACAUUGAUGGCGUUGAUUUUGUAUUCAUAGAAGCCCCUCCCUUCCGGCACCGGCACAAUGAUAUUUAUGGAGGAGAAAGAUCGGAUGUUUUGAAGCGCAUAAUUUUGUUCUGCAAGGCCGCUGUUGAGGUUCCAUGGUACGCUCCAUGUGGUGGUACCGUCUAUGGUGAUGGCAAUUUAGUUUUCAUUGCUAAUGAUUGGCAUACGGCACUUCUUCCGGUCUACCUAAAAGCCUACUACCGGGACAAUGGUUUGAUGCAGUAUGCUCGCUCAGUGCUUGUGAUACACAACAUUGCUCAUCAGGGUCGUGGCCCUGUAGACGACUUCGUCAACUUUGACUUGCCUGAACACUACAUCGAUCACUUCAAACUGUACGACAAUAUCGGUGGCGAGCACUGCAACGUUUUUGCCGCAGGGCUGAAGAUGGCAGACCAGGUGGUGACCGUCAGUAAUGGAUACCUAUGGGAGCUGAGGACAUCGGAAGGUGGGUGGGGCCUCCACGACAUCAUAAACCAGAACGACUGGAAGCUGCAGGGCAUCGUGAACGGCAUCGACAUGAGCGAGUGGAACCCCGCUGUGGACGUGCACCUCCACUCCGACGAAUACACCAACUACACGUUCGAGACGCUGGACACGGGCAAGCGGCAGUGCAAGGCUGCCCUGCAGCGGCAGCUCGGCCUGCAGGUCCGCGACGACGUGCCACUAAUCGGGUUCAUCGGGCGGCUGGACCACCAGAAGGGCGUGGACAUCAUCGCCGACGCGAUCCACUGGAUCGCGGGACAGGACGUGCAGCUUGUGAUGCUGGGCACGGGGCGCCCCGACCUGGAGGACAUGCUGCGGCGGUGCGAGGCGGAGCACAGCGACAAGGUGCGCGCGUGGGUGGGGUUCUCGGUGCCCUUGGCGCACCGCAUCACGGCGGGCGCGGACGUCCUGCUGAUGCCGUCGCGGUUCGAGCCGUGCGGGCUGAACCAGCUCUACGCGAUGGCGUACGGGACCGUGCCCGUGGUGCACGCCGUGGGCGGGCUCCGGGACACGGUGGCGCCGUUCGACCCGUUCAACGACACCGGGCUGGGGUGGACGUUCGACCGCGCGGAGGCGAAUCGGAUGAUCGACGCGCUCUCGCACUGCCUCAACACGUUCCGGAACUACAAGGAGAGCUGGCGCGGCCUGGAGGCGCGCGGCAUGGCGCAGGACCUCAGCUGGGACCACGCCGCCGUGCUGUAUGAGGACGUGCUCGUCAAGGCCAAGUACCAGUGGUAAGUGAGUUACGCCGACGCCCUUCAUGUCGCGGGACAGUCCUGGACGCCCUGGGCACUGCGUGCUCUUCUCACGCGGCUUUGCUGCGUGCGGCGCAUUUGCUCAAUUGGCGCGGGGCGAUGGUGGUUGGCCUACGUCGGCUUCGGCUAGGUGCCUUCGGAUUUUCAGCUUCUUACCACCAAAACACCAAAAGCUGCUGCGGACUAUUAAACGCUCAGUUUUUCAGUUAGCUUCUAUAAAAAUCGAUCGUAAAAAUCAUCUAUAAUCAACAUAAACACAUAAUGGACGGAGUACUUUUAAUAAUAGAAAUCUAUCGCUUUGUAGAUCUUACCCUAUGGACACCUUCAUCUUGAAAAUUGUUUGGUUGAAAUAACAGUGAGUUGUAUAUUCUAUAAGAAAUAUCCAUCAUUAUGGCAUUGUGAAGAGGGUAUACAAGAAAUAUUUGUUAUGACAUUGCGAAGACGGUAUAUAUGCUAAUUGGUUGGAUUAAAAGGUAGCUAAUACAAUAGAUAUAUGUAACCUAUUUUUUCUCAUAACUAUAUUAUCGUUCACUAACCAAAGCAUUAACUUUAUUCUAUAGAUUCUUGGAAAUCUAUUUAGCCUUCGUAACCUUUUGUUUAGAUUUUAGAUACUUUUCACAGUCAGAUUCUCUACAUAGUCAGAUUUUCAAAAAAAAAAACUGGUAAGAAAAAAGCUAAACUAAACAGACGGAAUUUGGGUGGGCGCGAUGAUACCACUGGGCACGGGCACAGGAUAAUAUGAAAGCGACGGAGUGAUGUAUUUGAGCUACGGUAAUGGCCUGCAUUUGGUUCUUAGUCUACGGCUAUGUUUUGAUCCACUACAUUUAAAGAAACUAGUUUCUAAACUUGGUUUCUAAAAACUAACUUUUAGAGACAGAGAACUGAAUAGAGGUGUUUGAGUCCACUAGUUUUUUUAAAUGGUUUAUAGCUUUUUCUAUAAGUAUUGACUGACCAUCAAAAACUGAUUUUGGAUGGAGUAACUGGAUUCUUGGUUUUUAAGAAGCCAGAAAACUAGUUUUUAGAAAUUGAAUAAAAAAUUGACCUAUUUGGAGGACUUUAAGGUUUUAAAACUAGUUUCUAAUAAACUGGAUAGAUCUAAACAGGACCUAGAUCACGUUGGACCUGGUUCGAGCCUUCGAGGUGUUCUAAACUAUUCAGUAUUGAGUUGGAGAUGAGGCACAUAGAAUUCCCACUAAUAAAUGGGGAGUUGUAUGUUACUUAUCGCCACCUCUGUUGUAUGUUUAUUGGUGCAACCAAGUUUUUCAUUCCAGGUUCCAGUAUAUAAGGCAUAAAUCACCUUUAUUUUAAAGCCCAAUGAAUGUAUUUAAUUCCCUCUAUCAAUACUAGUACUACCACAUUGAUGUAUGUGUAUCUAGAAAGAACAUGCUUUAUGUUAUGGGACAAACAAAAAAUAGUUAUAUGUAUUGGUUACGUCUUGUAUCCUUCCUAUUCACAUCGAAUUGCUUGCUCGUCAUCGAUGUGGUUUUUCUCCGCAAAGGGUUUCUUAGUAAAUCUUUGUGUUUACUUGUGAUUUAUUAUUAAUCUUGAUAUACUUGUUGAUUAGUUGAUAUCUUGCUUGCUAUUGGUGUAAUUUUGUCCAAGUUCAUGUUGUAUGUAUGAGAUUGGCAUAUGAUGUAUAAAUGUGUUCUUUGAUA